CCCCUCUUCCCCACCACUCCAAAGUUCCAAACCCCACACCACCACCGCGCGCCCGCAUUUCUCCCCGCUCCUCGCGCCGCCGCCGCCGCCGCGUAGUCAUCGAGUCGAGCAGAAGCGUUCCUCCUGCCAUGGAGGCGGAGACGGAGUGCAAGGUCCCCGGCGUCUACUCCGAGACCGGCAUUCCCGUGGAGGAUCCGGCUCCCGGCCUCAACUCCGACGUCAGCAAGAAGGACGCCCCUCCUGCCGUUGCGGCGCCGGGUCCCGGCCUCUACUUCGAGAUCGGCAAGAAGGCCAGAGAUCUUCUGUACAAGGACUUCCACACGGACCAGAAGUUUACCCUGACCACCUACACCAACAAUGGAGUUGUAAUCACUGCUGCAAGCACAAUGAAAGAUGAAGCUAUCUUUAGCGAGAUCCAGACCAAGCUGAAGAGCAAUAAUGUGAUGCUGGAUGUGAAAGCUACUUCCGAUUCUCAGGUGUUAACUACAAUCACAACUGAAGACCUUGGUGUAUCAGGCUUGAAGCAAAUCGUAUCACUUCCUUUUCCAUACCAGACAGCUGGGAAGGCUGAACUCCAGUACCUGCAUGACUACGCUGGUAUCAGCCUCGGUGUUGGCCUGACCUCAAAGCCUUUGGUUAACCUUUCUGGUGUGUUCGGCAACAAAUCUGUUGCUGUCGGUGCUGAUGUUGCAGUUGAUACUUCUACUGGGGACUUCACCAAGUACGAUGCUGGACUGACCAUCAACAAUUCAGAUCUUGCUGCUGAUCUGACGCUGAACAACAAAGGGGACAGCCUCACUGCGUCCUACUACCAUCUGGUGAACAAAGAGUCAGGUACGGCUGCUGGAGCGGAGCUGACCCACAGCUUCUCGACCAAGGAGAACACCCUCAGCUUCGGGAUGCAGCACGCCCUGGACCCUCUCACUACCGUGAAGGCGCGCUACAACAACCACGGCAUGGUCAGCGCCCUCAUCCAGCACGAGUGGAGACCCAAGUCUUUCUUAACGCUCUCCGCCGAGGUCGACACCAAGGCGAUCGACAAGGCCUCCAAGGUUGGACUGUCGCUGGUUCUCAAGCCCUGAUGCCCCCCCUCCUGAUGGCGAUGAUUCGAUGAUGACGAUCCCUUUUUUUGGUAUACUAGUAGGACAGGAUGGUAUCGUCCCGUAUCAGCAGCUCCUGAUGUCUAGUGAAACUAAGUCUGGUUAACCUCUUUGGUGCCGUGGCAUCUUUACUCUGGAAACUUGGCCUCGUAGCAUCAUUCUGAGUAUUUCCCACCUAGUAGUAGUAGUAGUAGUAGUAGUAGUAGUAGUAGUAUAGUGUUUCCCCGUGGCAUGUUUUAGAAGUUAAAACUGAAUCCAUACUAAUGUUCUUGUCACUGGCAUCUUGUCUAUUGUUGGAUAUCUUACUGUAAGCUCCAUGUUGGUUUCAAUACUACAUCGAAAACUGGUGCAAUUUGAAA